GUCAUGCAUGCUGUUCUGUGUUGGAUCUGUGUCUCACUUGUCAUGGUCAGUGUCUGGUCAGAUACGGCUAUAACAUUUCACGUUAACGGCUUCAGCAUCGUCUUUGACUCACUCAACAUUGUCAGGUUGUUCGCAUGUUUUGCUGAGUCCAGCAUCUACUGCGUCAUCAGGAUACGUCCAGCGUCCGUCAUCCAGCAACGCUAUGACGUCUACAACACGACAGCUGAACCAUCCAACGUUCGGCAGGACUGGAACUUCAGCAACGUCUACAUGUGCACGUCGCCUAGCAACGCUUCGUCACAGAGUCUCUGGUGCACGCUGGUCAUCAGUGACGUGCAGGCUGAUUACGUCAUGACGUCCAAGUGCCGUCAGUUUUACGUCACAUCCGUUCGCGGAAAUUCCUCAACGUACGCCAUUUUGUGGUCGCAGAGUUCUGACGUCAUCGAUUACACGCUUUCAGAGAUGGACAACAGUGUGAUCAAUGUGGAACCAUGUGACAUGACACCAGCACUAGACACAGACACUACCAUAAGAUCAACCAAUAUUUCAACAACAGUUUCAGCAUAUCAAUCAACAUCUGUUUUAACGACUGCAUCAACCACUGUACCAACAUCUGAAUUAACUACUGUACCAACAUCUGAAUCUACUACUAUAUCAACAUCUGAAUCAACUACUGUACCAACACCUGAAUCUACUACUGUACCAACAUCUCAAUCAACUACUAUAUCAACAUCUGAAUUAACUACUGUACCAACAUCUCAAUCAACUACUGUACCAACAUCUCUAUCAACGAAUGUACCAACAUCUGAAUUAGCUACUGUACCAACAUCCCAAUCAACUACUGUACCAACAUCUCAAUUACUUACAUAUCAAUCAACUACUGUACCAACAUCUCAAUCAACUACUCUACCAACAUUUGAAUCAACUACUGUACCAACAUCUGUAUCAUCGACUGUAACAACAUAUAAAUCAACUACAUCUCAAUCAACUACUGUACCAACAUCUCAAUCAACCACUCUACCAACAUCUCAAUCAACUACCAUAACAACACCUCAAUCAACUACUGUACCAACAUCUCAAUCAACUAUUGUAACAACAUCUGAAUUAACUCCACCUGAAUUAACUAAUACUACCUACAGCACUGAACAGUACCUUGAUUUUUCUAGCGUUGCUUCUCAUGCCACUGCUGAGGCCUGGAUGCCAAACACAACAAACAGAUCACCGUCUACAGAACUGCUCGGCGGUUCCUGGACGUUUAGCUCAAGCUACACCCAGUCUUCUGGCGCCAGUGCAGAUUAUAAUGACGAGACCCACUCUCUGAUCCAACCCUCAUCACGUGAUGUCUCAGCCAUCUCUCUCAGUGUCACCACACCACGCGGUUACCAUGACAACAGUCAAGAAUUAUCUAGCGAGGAAGUGACCUAUAUUGUAACAGUAACUCUUGUCGUCACGAUAGCUGGGUGUAUUCUCACGGUUAUUUCCCUUGCCGUUCGGCGCCGAUGCCUGUCCCACAAAUCUGGCCAGACAGAGUUCAAGAACACAUCUCUACCCAUAACUCCCGUCUCUAGCGUCACGUUUGUUUGA